AUGGCCAAGGAAUUUGUAGAUACAAUCUAUCAUCUCGUACAUGAGUCACUGAGCAUCGAAUCACUUCAGCAAAAGGUGAAAGUGAAAAGAAGGCUCGCAAAAACUGUCCCGUUAGAAAGAGUCAAAGUCCUGGAGGAUCACCAAAAACAGAACCUAUUGUGCAGAUCUAGACCUGUAGCUCCUGCUUCAGAUCUGCUGAAAGCUGCAAGAGCGAAGAAGUUGCUUCAGAAGAAGGCAAAAGUAAAGGACGAUAAGAGAGCUGAGGCAAUGGCUUCUGGAGUUGACUGGCAAAGUGAUGAUUCAGAUGAUGAUCCUCCGGAAGAAAUACAUAAAGAACCUCCCCUGCCAGAUCUUCUCAAGGACAAAGAGCAUAACGGCCUCGUAAUAGAUUUGUGUAAGUCAUUGGCUUCCUUGCAAAGAUAUUGCGAAGCAUUGGAGAUAAUAAAUCUUUUUUUGAAAGUGACUCGCAACACGUCUUCUGUCACAGAGGAACUCCGGUCUCUUGGAGCUCAAAUUGCAUACAACACUCCUGAUCCUGAGCAUGGAGUUAACUGUGUAAAAUACAUUGUGGACCAGCAUCCAUACAGCAAUGCUGCCUGGAAUUGCUAUUACAAGGUAAUUACCAGAUUAGAUGACUGGUAUGCAAGGCAUUACAAGUUUCUACGCAAUAAGAGAGACAAACUCAGAGACUGUGCACCUCCCAGUCUCAUUUCUGGGCAUCAUUUUACUAAAAAAAGCCGUCAUCUAGAUGCUGCGAGGGAAUACCUUGAAGCUUAUAAAUUAUUGCCGGAGAAUCCCCUGAUUAAUCUAUGUGUCGGUACUGCCUUAAUCAACUUAUCCCUCGGACAUAGACUUCAGAAUAGGCACCAGUGUGUUGCACAAGGAUUAGCAUUCCUCCACAACAAUUUGCAGCUUUGUGAAUUCAGCCAGGAGGCUUUUUACAACAUAGCCAGGGCGUAUCAUCAGGUCGGCCUUGUGACUCUGGCAGCUUGA